CUGUUAUUCAUGUAAUUGCAAUUCACCCACGAAUAUAUCCUUUCUAAAUGAACUUUUAUUGUGAAAGUAAUAGACCGGAACUCGUGGGUUAGUAAUUGGAGGAAGAGUCCACCAUGGCGGAGACCCACAGCUUACAGGACCUCCAGCAGCCAGCUGUCUCCUCCAAGGUGUUCGUCCAGAGGGACUACGGCUCAGGGACCACCUGCAGGUUCCAGACCAAGUUCCCCUCUGAACUGGACUCAAGGCUUGAUAAGCAGCAGUUUGAGGAGACCAUCCAGACUUUAAACAACCUGUAUGCAGAGGCAGAGAAACUAGGGGGGAAGUCGUACUUGGAGGGCUGCCUGGCGUGUCUCACUGCAUACACAAUCUUCCUCUGUAUGGAAACACACUAUGAAAAGAUGUUGAAGAAGAUUGCCAGGUUCAUAAAGGACCAGAACGAGAAGAUAUAUGCCCCCAGGGGCUUGCUGCUCACUGACCCCAUUGAGCGAGGCCUCAGAGUUGUUGAAAUCACCAUCUUUGAAGACAGAAGUGUUGGCUCUGGAAGAUAAAGGAUCAUGCGACUAAUGACUGACCAGAUACUCUUCAUCUGUCUGGAAGCACAUACUCAGAUAUCUGCUUCGCCUGAAUGGAUGUAUAUACUCUUGACCUGCUUCUCAUUUGUUAUUUAUAAGUACUCUACUGCCUAUCCUUAAGUUUCUUAAUGUGUUUUUAUAUACAAGAUAAUGUACUGUCCAGUCUGUAUGAACGUUUUGUUAUUUUUGCUCCUCAGGCUCUGUGCUUCAGCACAUUCAGUUUGAAAUAAAAUAACCAGUACUGCAUUGACGUGCCAAGUCCCAGCUUUAAUUUGAGUAGGUAUGUUGAAUGUAAUGUUUUUGUCAAUAUAGAAAUAAAUUUGUGGGAGAUACAGCGACCAAAGGCCAAAUUGCAGGAGUUCCAAAGUAAUCUUAGACUUAGCUGCUAAAUGUUUCUUGGAAAGCUGUGUGUUGGUUCAACGUUAAUUCAUGCUGAAAAAGAGGGGAAACCGCAACAAGCAACGGAUUUCCCAUAAAAUGUUAAACAUGGUUUUGUUUGACCUCAUUUGUAUCUGUCCAAAUUUGCUUGAACCCCUAAACUUUAGAUACUAUGUAUUGAAAGCCGAGUAAUGGCACUUUAAUGUAGUUUCUAUUAUUUUAUUUUCAAAUAGAGUGUGCUGAGGCACAGAGCCUGACGAACUUUUUUUUUUUACUCUCCAAAUACUAUAAUGUAUAAAUGAUAUCCUACUUGUUCAUGAUGAGUCUCUAUGAAUCGUGCCAUUGUGUUAAAUGCCACUUUUUGACAAUGGUAAUCAUGAGGGAUUUGACCUGUGUAUUGUUUUGCAAAUUGUUUAAAGUCAAAUAUCAAGUUUUUGCUAAGAGUUGUCACAGAAAUAGGUAAAAGCUGAGAUUUCUGUAAAACUAAAUCCUGUUGUAUGCCACAGUAUUAAAACACUGGUUGUUGUCUUUGCUGGGGGCUCUUGUCUUGUGAAACACAGUGGAAGUUCUGGACUGGAGAUUUUGUGACAUCAUAGAUGGAGCAUGUUUACUGUUGAUAAGUCAGUCAUAAAACAAUAACGCAACCUAAUACAUUAUGAAAAGUGUCAGUCUGCUAUGUCAUCGCACUAAAUCUUCUAAAUCAUAUCAGCAGUCCUGUUACACAUUCCUCCUAAGAGUCACUAUAUUGUGAAUGUCAUCCCCUCUGUCAUUGUCACCAAACACCACAAGAACCUUAAACACUUUGAAUUUCCACAGAUGAUUGCUGUAGUUGGUGUUUGAUACGACCAGUCUACUUUUCUUACAAAUAUUCUUCUGUUUUGUCUAAAUAAACGUUCUUUUCCUGAAAUCUCUAAA